UGUGAAACGUAAUCUAGAACUACGCCCGAUCCCCUUAAGCGCCCCACUUCCCCCACCAGCGAAUAAGACAAAGUGGAGUUUUUGGUGACAUUAUGCAAAACUGAUUGUAGCAAUUUGCGCAAAGAAAUAAAAUGGGCUCAACUCUUCAUCCUCAAGCUAAGUUUCUGGACUCCGCCAUCUAAACCUUUAUAUGGUGGUGUACAAGUGUUUUACUUCUAUGCAAAAGGCGGCAGUUUGCUGAUGUUCAUAAAUAAUUUAAGUGUGCUCGAUCUCAAAGUAUGAUUACAUAAUGCUUCUCAACUGCAAGGCCCAUCAAUAUCUGUUUUGAAUAUCAUAGGAUCGGGUACAAAUAUAGCUUAAUAUGGAACUUCAGCUUGAGCCAAGCACGGGGUCAUCAUUUGACGGGCUUCAUCCGACUGUGUUUAAUCACAUCUGUCUGAUAUCGCGGAAAGUCCGGUGUAUGUCUUGAAAUCGUUACCUUGUUUCAGCCACAAAAAUGUGAUUUGCCAGAACAAAAAUGGCCCUAAGUGAGAAAAACUUUUAAAUGGACUUCAAAUUUCAGAUUUUAAUGAGGCGCAGAAAUAGACUUUUUCGAAACGUUCUAGUUUCCAGACCAGAAUGCAAAGCUUGAGACAAAAAAAUCUAUCCGAAAUCCCUUAAACCGUAUUCUUCGGCGCUGCACGUACAUAUAUAGGGAGGGCAGCUCCUCAUACUUUGUGGGAGAGAGUGCGGUAGCGUUACGUGACAGGGGGCCAGAACUUUGCUGCACGUAUCAGAAGUCCACUUCCUAUUUGGAGAGCAAAGCUGAAGUCGCGUUCUUGUCAGUUUGGCUCUGUAUCAAAUAUCUAUUGCUAUAAAGGUCGCUGCUUUAAACGGAGCGUUGCAUUUAAUAUCUUGAUUGCAAUGGUGAAGUUUGCAAUUCAUAUUCUAUGUCUGGCCUGGUUGUUGACAGUGACGGUUCUUUCGUUGCCGGCGGAUAAGAGAGGAAAGAGAGCCGCCAAUGGAUGCCCAAGUGAUGAGCUGUCUAACUUCCCCUCCAAAUACACUGAAGAUCUUCAAAAGCGAGUUCUGGACAGAAUUGUCUUCGUGGGAGUCAACAAAAGAGAUUGGUUAAUAAAACAGCGGAACUUCAAAAGAAGGCUCACAGGGUGGGUAUUCCAACGACUGGAUAAAAACAGAGAUGGUUUGGUUCACUACAACGAAGCUGUGACGGGAAGAUGGAGUCUGCGAGGUUCAAGAGUGUGCCAGAUAGCUUUCCUUCAAGAGUGUGAUAAGGAUCAAAGCAAGAGUGUGUCAAAGACGGAAUGGCUGAAUUGCUUCCAAAUCACUCCAGAUUGCAAUAAAAGCUGUACCCGUGGUCAACUUGACACUGUGCUUUGUCAGUGCAAGUGUCCUCCUGAUGGUGUUAUCCAAGGACGGGUAGUGACGUCAUCUGGAGCCCCACUUCGGGAUGUCGGCAUUUUAUUAGAACUCUUCCCUUACACAGAAGUGGCAAGAACCAAUAAGAGUGGGCACUUUUCAAUCAGUGACAGGUGUGAAAAUAAAUCAUAUACAGUGAAGAAGAACGACUACAUUCCACUUCGACUUGAGGGUGGCAUCAGAGGUGCCAAUCCGCUAUUGAUCCAGCUUGAAGAUGCAGAGCCAGCUUACAUCACUAAUAAUCCUAAGAGCAAGACGCGUAUUGCAGGGCAAAGUGUGAAUUUCACUUGUGAGGCAGAAGGGACACCACCAAUUGAAAUCAGCUGGUACCACAAUGGAAGGCGUUUACCGGGGUUAACCGUGGGAAUGAGAUCGAGCUUGUUCAUUACAAAUGUAAAUAGAGUUCAAGGUUUGUACACCUGCAAGGCUACAAACGAUUACGGAUCAGAGAUGUCCUCUCCUGGCGAGCUAAAGAUAAAAGAGGAAAUCUUAGACACCUGCAACCGAACACCAAGCAGUCACAUCAUAAAACUUCCACAAGGAUGCCGUGAAGGGCUCACGGGCAAGAACACCUUGGAUAUUGGCCAAUGUUCUGAUGAACCGUGUUCUCAGAGUUCAUCCCUUUCGCAAACUUGCGCCGUUAAUGAAGAUUGUUGUUGCAGCCCUAGAGGCAAGGACUACCAAGAGAGGGUUUUGAUAACUUGUGACGGACGUUACAGCGAAAUGAUAUUUUACCGUGUCAAAGAAUGUGGCUGUAGCUCAUGCGUGAAAAGGGAAACCGCAAUAAAAGGAGAAGUUGUAGGUGGCCAUAAUCAAGUCCCAGUCAAGAACGUCAAAGUUAUCUCCAGAAAUAAAGUAGUUGAUAGGACCAACGAAGAAGGAAAAUUCUCCUUCGUUGUGACUGACGACGUGGACCGUUUGACAGUCACAUUUCAAGAUCCAGCAGAUCAAUUUUCUGACACUACCCAGACCAUGCCAUUUCAGAGGGGCAGAACUGUAGUCCACCGGAUAUUACUACAGAAGGAGGACCCACCAGUGACAUUCGACAGUAGCAAAGACCUAAGGGCGCCUCUGGGUCAUGCUGGGGACAACAUGGCGGAACUAGAAUUGCCAGCUGAUAAUCUGCUGGAUAAAGAUGGAAAGCCAUUUAAAGGUAAAGCAAAGCUAAAGGUCAGUUUAAGAGAUCGAAGAAACUCCAGUGACGUAUUCUCUAUGCCUGGAGAUUUCACAACAGUUGACCAAUCAGGAAGUGUUCAGCCUCUGAAAACAUACGGGAUACUUAAAGUUAAAGUUGAGGACGAGAACAAUGAGAAACUUGACCUUGCAGGAAAUAUGAAGAUUUACCUCGAUGCUGAUAAGAUUACCUUACCAAGGAAUUCUUCUGGAGAAAUGGCGCCAUGGUUGUGGUGGCUUGAUGAAAAGACCGGAAGAUGGCGACAAAUGGGAGAAAUGAAGCCAGCUGAUACUUCAAGGACCAAACGAGCAGAAGGUGGCAGGAGGUUUUAUGUCGGGGACAUUCAAACUGACAAAAUAUCAUAUAUCAACAUCGACAUCCAGUGGAAACGCUGUUACGUUCGAGCUCAGGCUUACACUAGGACCAGUGAAGACACGCAACCCGUCAUUGAAGCCGAAGUCACGUUGAUUGGCAAGGAGAAUGCCAAUGAGGAACAGUAUUAUGGAUAUACCAAGGCGAUCACCGAUAGAAACGGAAUAGCUUGUAUUCCAGCUUGGUGCGAUUCUUACGUCGUUUUACAAUCAAGGAAGGUGUCGAAUAAUGUAGACGGCAGUGAGCGUGUCUCUCAGUUAAAUGCCGAUGACCAGGUAACCCUGGUGAAGCUGUCGCCUCAGUUAGAAGCAUCAUCUAUUCUGGAAGGGAAUAAAUCGACUUCGUAUCAGUUCAUAGCAAAAGUAACUUCGCAGGCAGGGCCCAUAUUCGCUGGAGACGAGAUGCACAAGUGUCGCGAUGUCAGUGACACUUUGGUGGCGUUUGCAUUUUACUUGGAGGAGAAAGAAAUCGAAGUAGAUGCGUUCGAUGAUUUUGGUUCCUUGCCACCUGGCCACCCACUGUCAUGGUACACGAUGGAUGUUAGCAAACCAAAGCAGGAACCGAACAAGUGUUUCAUGAAAAUGAGAACUGUAAUCUGGGAUGGAAAACAAUUUCCUAUGGUAUCAGUACAAAGUUUCACACCUAACCAGCAGAUCAGGUACGGAUUUUCCAUAAAAGAGCAAACACCCACUCAGGAAACAACAACUGUGGAUGAUUACUGGAAUUACAAAGUGGCUUAUGCUUGUGUCGAAUACAGAUGCAGCGAAAUAGACAAAGACACGUUUCUUGUUGUAAAUCUUCUCCCAGAUUACUGUGUGUUUCCGCGACCGAUUCCUCCUCUCCGUCUCAAGAAGCAUCAGUAUGAAAACUCCACUUUCACUUUCACCUCGCAAAGAAGUACAGGCUUCUAUGCUCCAUUUGAUGUGUCUGACGGUAAAUUAGGAUUGUAUGCAGGGCCUGGGAAAAUUGCAGAAGAGCGGUGCAAGGCUGGGGGAGAAAUUGCUGUAGGAGAGGGCGUAAGAAAGAUAACAAGCGCUGGAUACGCAGUGGAAGCCGCUAAUGCAAUUGAAUGCAAUCCGGAUUCAUAUCCCCCAUGGGCGGAAUGGGAGGAUCGAUAGGAGGGCAUUGGUCCAAAUGGAGACUUUCUUCCUUGUCAAUGAAUAACUCUCAUUGAAAUGGUUCUUCUAAUUGCAUCGAGAAAAAAAUAAUUAGCGAGUGGUAGAAGACAAUUUUUAGUGCUCAGCGUGUGUUGUUAAACCCACGAGAAUUGGGCCUCUUUAAAUUUGAUUCAUUUUAAAGUUGUAUUUUAAGCUUUUGAUUUUGAUUUCAAUUUUCUUGAUUUUUAU